AUGACUCGGAUAAAUGGUCAAAGUUACUCAACCAACACAAACGACGUAAACUACAAUAAAUCCCCAGAAUUUUAUGAAAUGAACUCUAAGUUGGAAAAUUAUUCACAAAAUGUUACUAGAAAGCUAGAUGCUCGAGCGGAAGAAAUUUCAACGAUAAAGGAGAAUAAAGAAAAUGCUGCUUACGGUAUACUGAUACUUGAGGAAACUGUUAAUGACCUUAAGAAGGAAAA